AUGCCAAUUGACUGGUCAUUUGAUAAUAUAGAAUCUAACCCGAUAUAUUUCAACUACAAAAGAAUAUCGAAUACAUAUCAGAAGUUAAUUGAUGAACUGGUGCCGUAUACAGCAUACAGGUGGUAUGGAUUUGGUGCAUUGAUAGUAAUAUUUUUACUUCGAAUUUUCUUAUCGCAAGGCUGGUAUAUAAUUUGCUACGCUUUAGGGAUUUACUUGUUAAACUUAUUUUUGGCCUUCCUUACUCCCAAAUUUGAUCCCUCGUUAGAACAAGAAAUGAAAAAUGAAUCAAUCGAAGAAGGUAAUGUGCCUGAAGAUAUAAAUACAAAUGAAGCUUCAAGUAAUGAAAACGAUGAAGAAUUUAGACCAUUCAUAAGACGAUUACCCGAAUUCAAAUUUUGGUAUAAUGCGACAAGAGCCACUGCCUUGAGUACAGUUUUAACAUUCUUCACAAUCUUUGACAUACCAGUGUUCUGGCCAAUUUUAUUAAUGUACUUCAUCAUUUUAUUCACGUUGACUAUGAGGAAACAAAUACAACACAUGAUAAAGUACAAGUAUUUACCAUUUGAUUUAGGCAAGACUAAAUAUAGAAAAUAA